GGAGGCGAGGCCCGCGCUCCGGAGGAAGCCGCGCCUGGCUGGAGGCCCCAGACCCUGCUCCCCGAGCUCCACCGCACCAUGGCCCCGAAGCUGCUCCUCCUCCUCUGCCUGUUCUCGGGUUUGCACGCCCGGUCCAGGAAGGUGGAAGAGGAUGAAUAUGAAGAUUCAUCAUCAAACCAAAAGUGGGUCUUGGCUCCAAAGUCCCAAGACACUGAUGUGACUCUUAUCCUCAACAAGUUGCUAAGAGAAUAUGAUAAAAAGCUGAGGCCAGAUAUUGGAAUAAAACCGACCGUAAUUGACGUUGACAUCUAUGUUAACAGCAUCGGUCCUGUGUCAUCAAUAAACAUGGAAUACCAAAUUGAUAUAUUUUUUGCUCAGACCUGGACAGACAGUCGCCUUCGAUUCAACAGUACAAUGAAAAUACUCACUCUGAACAGCAACAUGGUGGGAUUAAUAUGGAUUCCAGAUACAAUCUUCCGCAAUUCUAAAACUGCAGAGGCUCACUGGAUCACCACACCCAAUCAGCUCCUCAGAAUUUGGAAUGAUGGGAAAAUCCUUUACACUUUAAGGCUCACCAUAAAUGCAGAGUGCCAGCUACAGCUGCACAACUUUCCCAUGGAUGAACAUUCCUGUCCACUGAUUUUUUCCAGCUAUGGCUACCCCAAAGAAGAAAUGAUUUACAGAUGGAGAAAAAAUUCAGUUGAGGCAGCUGAUCAGAAAUCCUGGCGGCUUUAUCAGUUUGACUUUAUGGGCCUCAGAAACACUACAGAAAUUGUAACAACAUCUGCAGGUGAUUAUGUUGUCAUGACUAUAUAUUUUGAAUUGAGUAGAAGAAUGGGAUACUUCACUAUUCAAACAUACAUUCCCUGUAUACUGACUGUGGUUUUAUCCUGGGUGUCAUUUUGGAUCAAAAAAGAUGCUACACCAGCAAGAACAGCAUUAGGCAUCACCACAGUGCUGACCAUGACCACGCUUAGCACCAUUGCCAGGAAUUCCUUGCCCCGCGUGUCCUAUGUGACAGCCAUGGACCUCUUUGUGACUGUUUGCUUCUUAUUUGUCUUUGCUGCUCUGAUGGAGUAUGCCACCCUCAACUACUAUUCAAGUUGUAGAAAACCAACUACCACCAAGAAGAAAACAUCGUUAUUGCAUCCAGAUUCCUCAAGAUGGAUUCAUGAGCGAAUAAGCCUACAAGCCCCCUCCAGGAAAAGUGUAAUGACCUUGAAGAAAGUAUGUAGAAAAACAACUCAGAGAGAAAGGGCUCCAGGCCAGAACUAUUCUCUCCUUGACGUGAGGCCACCACCACCUGCAAUGAUCACUUUAAACAAUUCUGUGUACUGGCAGGAAUUUGAAGAUACCUGCGUCUAUGAGUGUCUGGAUGGCAAAGACUGUCAGAGCUUCUUCUGCUGCUAUGAAGAAUGCAAAUCCGGAUCUUGGAGAAAAGGGCGUAUUCACAUAGACAUCUUGGAGCUGGACUCAUAUUCUCGGGUCUUUUUCCCUACAUCAUUCCUGCUCUUCAACUUGGUUUAUUGGGUUGGAUAUCUGUAUCUCUAAAUAUUUCUGUGGUGAUGAGUAAAGAGCACUAGAUUUCACUCUUUACUUUCACUGUCCCCAGACCAGUAGUGACCAA